AUCCAAUCACGUGUGUGUAGGCACCGGUUGAAGAGGCGUGUUCAGAGAUGCUGGUGCAUUGAAGAUGGCGGCGGAGAGAGCAGACGGCCAUCAGAACCCAAUAAAUAAAAAAGUCUUGUGAUUAUUGAGGUCUUCAGAAAAGCGUUGUGUAGUUAGGUCUGGCUGAAGAUCUCGCUUCCCGGGAUGGACAGUGCUUAGAGUCGGCAACGUUUAAGCUGAAUGCAUUGUGAUUUCCAAUAAUUGAGACAGUGAUAUUUAAAAAGCUGUCUACAUUAAUGAAAAGAACAAUGUAGUCAGCUUAGCAUAUUCAACCAUGUACAUGAAUACGAUUAAAUAGAUGUCUUGAGCUGUGCAAUGAACUCAUGCAUGUGUUAGGGCUGCUGAUUAUUUAACCUAAGAGUUACCUUACUCGCCCCAUUCUCUCAUAGUGUUUAAUACAGUUUUUAUAAAAAAUUAGUUAUGGAUGUGAAUGAGAUUUUACCUCCCCUCCCAUUGGAGCCACCAGACUCUGUAUUGGCAGAAAAUGAUUUCUUUAACGCACCUCCACCACCUCCCCUGCAAACGUCCAGUGACGCAGAGGAAAUGGACGUUAGCUCUGGUGGUGAUGGACACCAACACACCCCAGCAGAGGACAGGGACGAACAGCUCUUCCUCAACAAGCGUACAUUGUCUUUUAGUAGCUCAUUAGAUAAUCCUGGCCCCAUGGGCACGUGCCCUAGAACCGCUCGACACGCUCCACCAGUCACCAAGUUCUUGCCUGAUCUCAAACUUCUUAAAGAUGUAAAAAUCAGUGUCAGUUUUACUGACAGCAGUAAGAGCAAAGACAGGAAGGUGUUGUACACUGGGUUGGGGCAGGUUAGCGAUGAAGAUCAGACCCUAGAGAACCUGAAUGGUGAAUUUGAUUAUUGUUUAGAGCAGGGAGGUGUGCCGAGCAGCUCGGGCACAAGCUACAAUGCUCUAACUGUACCUAGAAACAGUGAAGAGAUUGAGGCUGAGCAGGAGAACAAGGUCGAGUUUGCUGUGCUGGACGACUUGGAAGACUUCAGCGAGAACUUUUUGGAAGCUGAAGAUGGAGAGCCGAGUGGUUUCAUGUCUGAGAUGAUUGUUCAGCACGAGCAAGUGCGUGAGGAGGACCUGAAUUACUCCUAUGAGGAGGACUUUGACAAUGAUGUAGAUGCUCUUCUGGAGGAAGGCAUGCCCAUGCCCAAGAAAAGACGUCUGGCUGAAGACAAGUACACUGGAGACAGUGAUCACAAUUCAGAUGGCGAGGCAGGAGUUCAGCCCAUGAUGACCAAAAUCAAGACGGUUCUUAAGAGUCGUGGACGCCCGCCCACUGAGCCAUUACCUGAUGGAUGGAUCAUGACAUUCCAUAACUCCGGCAUUCCAGUAUAUCUUCACAGGGAAACCAGAGUUGUGAGCUGGUCUAGACCCUACUUCCUCGGAACAGGAAGCAUUAGGAAACAUGACCCACCAACCAGUAGCAUUCCCUGCUUGCACUACAAAAAAAUGAAGGAACAAGAGGAGAGGGAACGCAACGGAGAGGUGACUCCAAACGCUGAGGUGUCGCCAGUGAAAUCGGGAGAAGAGAGCACCUCGCUGGAAAGAGCCGACGAGCCUGACUCUACUGCCACCGAAGAGCCAACAGGCAUAGCAACGUCAGAAGAACCAGAUGAGGGGCCUUCAACGGGGAAGGACUGCCAAGCCAGUGAUACUACACAGGGAGCUCUGGGCCAGGUCAAAGCUAAGGUGGAGGUCUGCAAAGAUGAGUCUGUUGAAAUUGAGGAGUUCAGAAACUACCUAGAGAAGUGCUUCGAUUUUGAGCAAGUGACAGUAAAGAAGUUUCGCACAUGGGCCGAGCGCAGGCAGUUCAACAGGGACAUGAAGAGAAAGCAAGCCGAAUCUGAGAGGCCCAUCCUGCCGGCCAAUCAGAAGCUCAUCACGCUGUCUGUGCAGGAUGCGCCCACAAAGAAAGAGUUUGUCAUCAACCCCAAUGGGAAAUCGGAGGUUUGCAUUUUACAUGAGUAUAUGCAAAGAGUGCUCAAAGUGCGACCAGUUUACAACUUUUUUGAAUGUGAAAACCCUAGUGAACCCUUCGGAGCUUCAGUCAUUAUAGAUGGUGUUACAUAUGGCACAGGAACAGCAAGCAGUAAAAAACUUGCCAAGAAUAAAGCUGCUCGAGCAACACUGGAAAUCCUUAUUCCUGAUUUUGUGAAACAGACGUCUGAAGAGAAGCCCGUAGAUGGGGAUGAACUAGAGUAUUUUAAUCAUAUCAGUAUUGAAGAUUCAAGGGUGUAUGAGCUGACCAACAAAGCAGGUUUACUCUCACCAUAUCAGAUCCUUCAUGAGUGCCUUAAGAGAAACCAUGGGAUGGGUGACACCAGCAUCAAGUUUGAAGUGAUCCCAGGAAAGAACCAGAAGAGUGAAUACGUCAUGACUUGUGGGAAACACACUGUUCGCGGCUGGUGUAAAAAUAAGAGGGUGGGGAAGCAGUUGGCGUCACAGAAGAUUCUUCAAAUGCUUCAUCCACAUGUGAAGAACUGGGGCUCGCUGCUGCGCAUGUAUGGCAGAGAAAGCAAUAAGAUGGUCAAAAAGGAGAACUCUGAUAAGAGCGUGAUUGAGCUUCAGCAGUUUGCCAAAAAGAACAAGCCAAACCUUCACAUCCUCAACAAACUACGAGAGGAGAUGAUGAAACUAGCUCGGGAUAGGGAGGAAGCGAGAAAGAAGCCGAAGAUGACUAUAAUGGAGUCUGCUCAACCCGGCAGCGAACCUCUGUGCACUGUUGACGUCUAACAAACCCUCGCCCAACAUGUCGUGAUAUAGAUAGCACUGACCAAUGGUAAUGGUUUUAACAAAAGGUCAACGUACCAUUACCGAAUUAUGCAUUUCUUUGGCAAUACUAUUUACAUUUUAUCAGAUUUCUCGAGCUCCCAUUCAAAUUACGGUCCGUAACUUAUGGGUGUCAUAACAGACAUACGUGGACUAUGAAAAGACAGAAUGAGCAUUUUAGAAAAUACCUCCUAAUGCACUUCUGCACCCGCAAGUGCAAAUAUAAAUCGACUCGCUGAUGACAAAAAUGUCUCUGUGAAUCGAAGUAAACGGUAAUUAUGUAUGUUAAAGUAUUACAGUUGCUUUUAAGUUUGUGGCUUUUAGAUGUUGUCAAUAAAAAGAAAAUUGUUACUCUCUUUUUAAACAAAACAGCAAUUUUUAUUUACUACAUAUUUCAAAAAUACAAGAUAAUCAUCGGUUUUAAAUCGUAACUCUGUCCGAUUCUGUGGCAUGCAGAAAUGGUCAAUCUGUUUUUCCUUAGCUAUAAGAGCAUGCAAUCUUUUAUCUGGAAAAUUAGGUUUUUAGGUGCGUGUUUUUCUUCGGUUAACCGUGACAGAAAUGUAUUUCUGAAGCAUUAAGUGUGCCGAUUUAUCUCCCAACUGCUGUUUAGGUAAUGCACUAUUUGCUUAUAUGAAAUAUUAAGGGGUGAAUCAUACCAAUGGUCAACUUGACUAGUUGUUCUGCUUGUUGAAGAAACGCACAAGUGUUUGAGGUACUGUAGUUGAGGGUAAGACGUUACUAGUGUGUUAGUAUUGUUUUAUGUUACAUUUAUGAUUUGAUAUAAUCUUAAUUCUUGCAUUAGAAACCGGCUGUUAAACUUAAGUAGGGACAGAAUGGUGUGUUGCCUUAGUUUCUCUGCUUUCAUUAAUGGUACCGUGUUUUAAAGGGAAAAGUGUUUCCUUCAAGUCUACAUUUUUGUGAUUCAGUACGUUGCGUAAUUGUGGAGUGACGCUUGCUUUCGUACAUGAAUAUUUGCCUUUUAAGCAUGUGCUUUUUGCGUUUGUCUUAAAUGAUUCUGUAUAGUUUGUGUAUUUGCCAUGGUGGUAAGUGAUUGUGAGCUCCUUUUAUUCACAGCUCAUCACUUUGGUGUAUAAAAUCAUUUCGGCAACAUUUAUUUCAGAAGGCAACCAUGGCAACUUUAUACCUCGAACAAAACAGUGUCGUAAUAUUCAAUAGCUUGAAGAACAGUGUGAACCAAAGCUUUAACAGUCUUAUGCAUUUUAUAGAAUACUGCUGCAUAGCUUUUCAUUAAAAAUAUAUAAAUGCGCAUAUAUAUAUGGAACAAAAUAUUAAGGAUAUAGAUGCAAUAACUGCUGGAUUACACUAAGGUCCCUGUUAAAAGAAAACCGCUGUAUCUCUUAAAGUGGAGGGAGGGAAAGUAGUCUGGCCUUAAGAUACGAUCUGAAUUCUGUUUUUACUCCCAACACCCAAAACAAUACAAUGGAAAAGAGGUUUUCUUGGGACAGAGAUUAAACAAAACUGCAGUGCACUGUCAUGGUGUUUAUUUGUGUUAUAUUAGCUGUUGUGCUUCUGAAUGUCUGAAGGCAAUGUUUCCCAUUAGCACAAGACUACUUUUCUGACAAAACGUGCUUUCCCUAUAAACGUUUGGAGUGUACGACUCGUGUACUGUCAAUAUUGCCAAGUGUGUAUUAGUUUUAUGAAGAAACGUGUGCUUGUAGUCAUUGUUGACCGGAUAAUGUUGGAUGAUUUAGCUUCAAGUAAUGCUGUAACACAUGAUCGCUGAGACACAGUGAUUUGUUUAUGCAAAUAAAUUCAUGACCAGAAACUGA